AUGUUCAAGAUCUACAUCCAAAUGUUUGAGCACGAGAAUCCAUCGACUCCGCAAGGUAGCACCCUGGAAAUCAUCCGAGCCACAUAUCCACAUUUCCAUCGAGGCAAUCUGGCAGCACUUCUGAAGGUCGUUAGCCACAAGGUUGAGACAGACUGGACCAGGAUGUGUGUGGAACUCCUCGAGCUCAUAUCUCAUGACCGCAUGCUGCUUAUUGGUAACAACUACGUUUCAGAGCUAUGCGCGCAGCUUCACAUGCAACAGGUAUACACGGACCCGUGGUUGCAACAAGACAUCCGGCGCGAUCUGCCCCUAUUCAGAUUAUGGAAGUCGAUACCUGAGGUAGUUGCCAUCACCCUUGUCAUCCCUAGAGAGCGAUUCAGUCGUCUGUUCAGCCAAGACAAGGCGUUGGCCGCGCCAAUUGUACAAGGAGUCGUCAGUUCCAGCCCCAACGCUCCCCGGCAAUGGUUGAAUCUCUUCGCCGAUGUCCAAGUCAUGUUCGGGACUGCCAAACCUACUGCAGAUAGGCGUAGUGAGGAUUUUGCUCUGACAGUCUACCCAGACCCCGAGGGCUGGCUUGGCAACGACCCCGUGGUGGCUUCCUUCUACAUGCCUACAGUUGCCUUCCAGGUGGAGCCGCAAAGUGCCAGGGUCGCGCUCGGUGUCCAAGGUUCGCCACAGAGCUUCAACAUGUUCUCGCAUAUUCUAGGAGGAUCAUUGAACAUAUACGAGACGACGACAGGGGACGAAGAGCAUGUCUUUGUAACCAAAUACCUUCCUCACCAAAGUGGCUAUCCCGUGACCUGCGCCAAGGCAGCCACGGCAGGCAUUCAAACGGAGACGCUGGAUACGAAACUCUCUACCUCUCUCACGGCCAAUGUCAAAGACCUGUCGAGCACUAUCGUAUCCCUUACUGGUCGUGUAGAUAUCCCUUCCAAUCAUGGAAAGGCCUUGCUUACCAGCGGAGCGCCGGUCGAGCUGACGCAAUCAUCCCCUUUCACUAUCGACUUGGUCUUCGGGGAGGGAAACUCUAUCCAUCCCAUGCGAUACCCUAUGCCAGUAUUGAAAGAUAACAGCAAGUUGCGAAUUGCCCGCAAGUUAGGCUACGUGGAAGUCAUUGCCCCAGUAGCGCAGCCCGCUACGACUGAACCAUUGGCCGACUACAUAUAUCCAAGUAAUCUAGGUCCAGCUUCACUGCCGGCCACCACAAAUAUCUCGCAUGUCAAUCUUGAUAGGCUCCCAAUUCUCAAAAUCUCCGACAAGAACGAUCUUAUGUGGAUGGCAAGCCUCAGCCCCAUCAAUUUUCUGAACGCGAAAGACAAGUGCGAAGUCUCCCAACAUAUGUUCCGGGAUUGUCUCCAUCAAGACGUCUCAAUUUCAAGGAAACGCUGCUCUCGCUGUUCGUCCGGGGUGCUGGUCUCCAAGGCCGCCGAUUCAACUGCUUUGGCCUCAACCAUCCUCGACGCGGUGGUGUGCACAUUUUCAUUCUUGUCAAUGCGCUGCGUCUUGAUGCGGCUGCCGCAUCCGUCAUAG